AGAUACCCAACUUUGAUAAUUCAGAACAGAAUACCUUGAUGCAAAUAUUUUCAACUGCUUCAUCAUAACUGAAUUCCUAUAAACCAACUUUUUUGACAAAUGAAUGAAAAUAUUUUCGAAGUAUUUAAACAAUUUGUUUACUUGUUAAAAAACUGUAACCAAGUAACCGCUUGUUCACACUUUCAUUCAAUGAUUCAAAUGUUCAAUGAUCAAUUCAAUCAAAGUGUUUAUCCGUAUUAUAAUGAUAAAAAUAUUGAAGAAAAAGGAGUGAACUAUGCAUUGAAGAUAUCAGAAAGCUACACAAAACAUCAACAUUGUUGUAUACAUCAUUUUAUACCAUCCCCUGUAGUAUUAUAUACAUGGUCAAAGUUAUUGCGUAUAGAGGUAUUUCGUCAAAUGUUUAUGGAAAUUAUUACAUCUAAUGAUUGCAGUCGAAUCUCCAGUCAAUGUUCCGAUAAUUUGUGUAAUGUUGGUGAAUCCAAUGUGAUCGAUUUAACUAGUAGAAAUUUACCAGUUAGCAGACAAUUAAAGAAAUUAGAAUCCUUAUGUAGUGAUCAGAUGUUGUCAGUGCCAGCAGGGAAGGUCAUUCAACCAUUUACUUCAUAUGAUGAAAGCAGUAAGUUUCAAUCACAAUGGCUUUUGAAUGAAUGGUCGCGAAUUUAUCAUUCCUAUGAUACUUCUCUACAAGGUGAUGAUUGCACUGAUGAAAAUCCAUGCACAGUGAAAAAUGAACCAUUCUCAGAAGAUACACUGAUGAUGUUGAUGAUGAAGGCGGCCCCAAUCGCAAACCAACAAGUUGGUAAAGGAUUUUACACAGAUACUAGUGAUAUACCUAGAAUAUACCAGCCUAACUGUAAAUUCUCAUGGUCUAAUUCAUGCACAGAAAAUCAUUCAAAUGAAAUACAAGAAGAUUCAUUUCAAUACUCUCCUUGGAAACCAUCUCCUCCACUUCCAAAUAAGAUAGAUACUACAUUGCCUUAUUACUUUGUGAAGCCUGAAAACAUAGAUUCAAGCUGUUCAUCAAUAGUGUUAAGUAGUAAAACAAAUUUCAGUGACGUGAAAACAUCAUUUUUAUGGAAUACACAAUCACAAUCUUCGUCAUCCUCGUCACAACCACCAGCGCCACCUCCAACUUCAUAUUCUCCUCCGUUAAAUUUCAGUGCAUUCACUAUGGAUCAAAAUAUGCUAUGUCCAUUGUGUCAUAAGUGUUUUCGAUUUGAGAAAAAUUUACUGAGACAUUUACAGAAGACUCAUUCAACUAGUACGGGUGAAUCUUUGCUAAAAUGUAAAUUGUGUAAUUAUACAACAAGACAUUAUAGUAAUAUGUAUGUACAUAUUAGAACACAUACAGGUGAUAAACCGUAUUCAUGUUCAGCUUGUGGUGUAGCCUUUACUCAGGGAUCAUCUUUAAAACUUCACAUACGAUCACGACAUAACGACAAUGGCAGCUACUUCUCAUUAAUACGUAAACCGGGAAAAAAUAAUCUGACAAAAUUAUGGACAAGAGUGUUGAAAAAAGAUUUACCAAAAUUUAAUUCACUACAGUCAACAAGUUCCUAUUACUUUUAUCAUCAUCACCAACAUCAUCGUCAUUACUGGAAUAAAUGGCGGAAUUCAAUGAAUAUUGAACAAACCAAUCGUUUGAAAAGCGUCAAACACAACAAGAGUAAAUUAACCACUGAGACUGAAAAUUUAAACUACAAUCUCUUUUGUUCCACAUCAAAUGAAUUUCAACAAUUACCUGAUGGAAAACAUGAGGAAAAGUGUCUGAAUUCUAACUACUGGGCCUCAAACAACACGUCUGACUACAGACAUUUUGCGCCAAAUCCAUUUGAAAUUAAAAAGUACACCAAACGAUCAGUUUUUAAAACAAGCAAUGAAGCCGUAAAGUUGAAAAAUAACAGAAGACGUCAAAUUAGUAAAACAAACACAGACAAACAAUUUGUUAAAUGUCAGAAGGCAGAGCCGACGUAUUCUAGUUUCCUAGACAACUCAAAACCAGUCGAUGAAGUAGAAGGUCAUCCCCUGCAAAUUGAUGAACGUACUACAUUGAAAUUAGAAGAACCUGAUUUACAAGAUUCCCAAAGUGGACUAUGUUCUACAAUUAUCUUAAACCAGUUAUUUCUUCAUAACACGCAAAUGAAUCAAGACAUUCAUCAAACAAUUGAUGCUAAUAAUGAUAAUAAUAAUAAAUCAAAUAUGGCGGUUUUAAACUAUCCAAACAAAUCUGAUAUUCAAUAUCAGGAAGAAUAUUUACCCUUUUCAAUUGCUGCAUUACAACCAUAUUAA